UUAAAAACGUUUCUCGACACUCGCACUUCUCUGUUGCAUACAUAAAAAUUAAAUAUAGUUAAAAGAAAAGAGGGUGAGAAAAACUUCAUCGAAAUUUCCUUUCCUUUGCAGACAAGCUAGUUAAAAGCUUAAAACAAUAAUCUUUCUCUUUGUUUUUGUUUUAUUUUAUAUUUAUCUCUUUUCGAAAGAGAAGUAAAGGAGGAAAAUCUUGACCUACUUCUUCUUCUUCUUCCAUCUUUUUCGAGAGAAGUAAUUUUAUUGUUUCGAUUUGCUUGGGGAAAAAAUGGCAUCUGGAUCAUCGGGUCGGGGCAACUCGGGUGGUACCAAAGGGUUCGAUUUUGGGUCCGAUGAUAUUCUUUGCUCGUAUGAGGACUACGGGAACCAGGAAUCCUCUAACGGUAGCCACGCCGAACCUGUAGUCGGUACCAACAGCUCCGCCAAGGAUUUUCACAAAGGCAGAGCUGCACGAUCAAUAUUUCCAUCUAAUGCAUACAGCCAGCCAGAAGAUUCUUUCUCCACAGAUGUGACUGCUACUGUUGAAAAAACCAUGAAAAAAUAUGCAGACAACCUUAUGCGCUUUCUCGAGGGAAUAAGUUCACGAUUGUCACAGCUGGAGUUAUAUUGCUACAAUCUUGAUAAAUCGAUUGGAGAAAUGCGCUCUGAUUUAGUUCGUGAUCAUGUAGAUGCAGAUUCAAAGCUUAAAUCUAUUGAGAAACAUCUCCAGGAGGUCCACAGGUCUGUGCAGAUCCUAAGAGAUAAGCAGGAGCUAGCUGAGACUCAGAAGGAGUUGGCUAAAUUACAACUUGUGCAGAAGGAGUCUUCGUCUUCCAGCCAUUCACAGUCCACUGAGGGGAGAGCAUCACCACCUGCUUCUGAUUCUAAAAAGACUGAUCACACGUCUGACAUGCAAAGCCAGCAAUUAGCUCUUGCCCUGCCUCAUCAAGUAGCACCACCACAACAGCCUGUGGUGCCGCACUCUCAAGCCCCACCUCAGAAUUUGACCCAACAAUCCUACUAUAUACCUCCAAACCAAUUAUCCAACCCCCAAGCCCAAGCCCAAGUCCCGGCUCCUGCUCCAGUCCCUGCCCCUGCCCCUACCCCAGCCCCAGCGCCAAGCCAACACCCUCAGAGUCAAUAUUUGCCUUCUGAUCCUCAAUACCGAACUCCUCAGAUACCAGACAUCUCCAGGAUGCCACCACAGCCUACACAGUCCCAAGUAAAUCAGGUACCACCAGUCCAAUCAUUCCCCCAGUAUCAGCAGCAAUGGCCACAACAAUUACCACAGCAAGUACCGCAGCAGCAGUCCUCUAUGCAACCACAGAUGAGGCCCCCAUCAACACCAGCUUAUCCUCCCUACCCUCCGACUCAAGCAACAAACCCAUCUCCACCAGAGGCAUUACCAAACAGCUUGCCUAUGCAAGUUUCAUAUUCUGGAGUUCCUCAACCUGUGUCCAGCCGUGCUGAUACCAUUCCUUAUGGGUAUGGUCUGCCUGGUAGAACAGCUCCCCAGCAACCUCAGCAAAUCAAGGGCACUUUUGGAGCACCACCAGCUGAUGGAUACACAGCUCCUGGCCCUCAUCCCCCCCUUCCUCCAGGAAGUGCAUACAUGAUGUAUGAUAGCGAAGGUGGUAGAACACUUCAUCCACCCCAACAGCCUCAUUUCUCACAGGGUGGGUAUUCCCCAGCAAAUGUCUCUCUUCAGACUCCUCAACCUGGCACUGGCCCUAAUGUUAUGAUCCGGAACACCAGCCAUUCACAGUUCAUUCGCAGCCAUCCCUACGGUGAUUUGAUUGAAAAAUUGGUGAGCAUGGGUUUUAGGGGUGAUCAUGUUGCCAGUGUGAUUCAGAGGAUGGAGGAGAGUGGCCAGCCAGUGGAUUUUAAUGCUGUGCUUGAUAGGUUGAAUGUGCAUUCUUCUGGUGGUUCUCAGAGAGGAGGAUGGUAAAGGCCAUUGCGUACUUGAAUCGACCUUGAAUAUUAUUUGAAUAAAGGGUCGUUUUUCUUGUGUAUAUCCUGGGAGGGAUAUGAGUAUUUGUAUGUUACCUCCUAAUGCAACUUCUGCUGGAAAGUGUUGCUUUAUUUGGGUUAAUUGCAGUUUAUUACCUUGUGCUAUUUCUCUGUUUAUGGUGAAGUAGUUGAAUUUGGUAAUUGAACAUUAGAACGCAUUCAUAGAAAAUAUAUAAAGACUUUCGCCAAACUUUAAGUG